AGCUCCUGGUGAUCUGGGCACUUUCUCCUUCAUGUCACUGACCUGCCAGGAGCCGCUUUAGGACAUGGAUCCCAAAGGAGCAAGAGGGAGCAGGAAGCGCCGCUGAUCCUCACAGACCCCUUUGCCUGCUGCUGCCCCACAGGAAACAGGGAGCUGCUGAGGAGCUGCAUCCCUGGAUUCUCCAAGCACUGACUGCCCAUCCACGCUGACCACAGCCAGGGGCCACAUCCCACUGCCUGCCCAGCAUCCAUCCAUGGAGGUGACCACCGUGUCCCCACGUCCUCUCUCACCCACUGAAGGGGACCAUCUGUGUGAGACAGAUGUAUCCACCAUGGCCACACACAGUGUGACUCUGCUCAUCUGCCUCUGUGGGCUGGCUGGGAACGGGGCUGUCCUCUGGCUCCUCAACCUGAAAAGCUAUAACUCUGGCAUCUUUAAGCUGGCUGUCGCUGACUUCCUCUUCCUUCUCCUCACAGUCCCCAUUGCCUUCCUCUUCCUGGUGGAGGACGUGUCCUGCUCUCCUGUCAUGCCCAUGCUGUACCUGCGUUUCCUUUUCCAGCUGUCAGUGGUCUCCUACUACUGGGGGCUGUUCUGGCUGAGGCCUGGUGGCACUGUGCAGUAUAUGGACAAGAUCCUACGGCGCUGCCGCAAGGAGCUUUCUGAGCGAAUGUGGUUGGUGGUGGGGAGUGUUCAGUCCUGGGCCUUCUUUGCUCUCUUCACUGUCAUUCCCUCGGUGAUAUUCCUGUGUCAAUCACAAGAGCAGGAGCACUGCCGUGUGCCUCUCAUCUCCCUUUACACCAGUAUCCUGCUCUUCUUUGCUGCACCCGUGGCCAUUUCUGGCACAAUUGACUUCAUUAGGGCCAAGUGGGGCUCCCAGCAGCAGCAGCCCAAGAGGCGUGACGUGGUUAUCCACAUCACUGUGCUGUUAACUCUUCUCCUCAGCUUCUGCAAUUUCCUGCAGCAGCUCGGUUACAUCGAUGUGCCCUCCCAGGCUGUUUUCUUGCUCGCCAGCAUCAACAGCAGCAUCAAACCCUUCAUCUACUUCUUGGCAGGGAGCUCCUGGAGGGUCUGCUCCAUGGCGAGCUGCUGGAGGCUCUGUACAGUGGGGUCCCUCCGUCUCUACCUUCAGAGGGUCUUUGAGUAGCAGAAAGAAAAAACAGCCCACAGCAAUGAUGACACCAGGAACACAGCAGUCUGAGCCUGCUGAUCCCUUCCACUGCUCUGCUGGAGGACCUCAGCACAGAGGCUGAGGGUUUUCCUUGAUAUUAUUCAGGAAUUCAUGAUUAAUAAACAUCCAUGGGAUCACCCUCUCCAUA